AACCGUAGCGGAAUUCCGCUACGCAUAGCGGAAUUUACCGUCAAGAGCGGUGUAGCGGCGGCGGAACCAAAUGACAGUAAGACGUAGCGGAAUAUUUUAAUUCUCUUAGACGCGUGUAAUGACGUCAACAUUCUAAAACAGAUUAUUUAUCAUAAGUAUUAUGAGCAGUAAGAAGUUAUGUGUUUUAUUAUAUAUUAAUCUUAUUUAUUAUUAACUAAAACUCAAAUCAACAAGGCAGCGACAUCUAUCAAUCAAUCAAUCAACCGGCACUGUGGCGUGCCAGGUAAAAUGUGUUAGAGAGCGCCGGGAGCGGUAGAGGGCUCUAGGCUCUAGUGCGCUGAUCGCUAUUUACUAGUUCUCGGUGGUUCCCAAAAUCUUUUAAAGUAAACAAAACAAAAGCAAUGUAGGUUGUACGUGUAUUUAGUAUUAUAAAAAGGGGCGCAAUAUGUCUGAGUUAUCUGAUUCUGAUAUAGGAAAAAGCGGAUCAUCUACUCCGAAAAAGAAAAGGGCAAUGAGGCACGAACUGGCCAGAGAUGAAAAGAAAAGCCGAAAACAACUUUUUUCCAGAAAGUGGAUGGAAGAAGAUAUUUUUAAGCGAUGGCUACUACCAACUGAAGAUCCAGCUAAAGCUAAGUGUAAAGUAUGCCAGUUGAAUUUAGGGACCAAAAGAAGUGAUUUGUUAAGCCAUGGGAAAAGUCAGAAACAUUUAAAAAAUAUGAACUUAACGCAAAUAACUAGACCAAUUACUGAAAUAUUUCAGUCUUCUAAACAAGAUAAAAAUCUAAUAAUAGCAGAUAUCAGAUUUACUUUGUUAGCUGCAUCUCAUAAUUUUAGUUUUAGUUCUAUUGACCAUGUAACCGACACUUGUAAAUUAAGUUUUAGUGAUUCGAAAAUCGCAAAAAAUAUGCAAUUAAGGCGUACAAAAUGCACAAGCAUUUUAAAAAACGUACUUGCAUCUACAAUUAAAGAGGCAUUGUGUGGUGAACUGAAGAAUAACAGUUUUUCUAUUCUUGUAGAUGAAAGUACAGACAUCAGCAAUUAUCGGUACCUGUGUAUUUUAGUUAGAUAUAUUUAUGAAAACAAAAUCAAAACCGAAUUAUUAGACUUAAUUCCCAUCAAGGCUGAUGAGGGGUCAGCAAAAGGUCUCUAUUCCCUGUUUAAAAAAUGUCUGACUGAUUUUAAUUUAAGCGUGAAUAAUAUUGUGGGUUAUUGCUCUGAUAACGCCAGUGUCAUGAUGGGGAACAAAGAAUCAUUUAAGACUUAUCUCUUAAACGAAAAUCACCAUAUUGUUGUAAAUGGAUGUGUGUGUCACUCGGCUCAUUUAAUUGCUGCUGCCGCUAGCCAAGAAUUGCCAAGUAAUAUAGAAGCAUUAUUGCAAAAUAUCUCCAAUUAUUUUUCUAGAAGUCCAAAGAGACAGUCAGUUUUAGAAGAAUUUCAACAAUUUAUGCGGGCAGCUCAACUUAAAAUUAUAAGCCCCAGCAAAACCAGAUGGUUGGCACUAUCAAAUUGUGUUGAAAGGCUAAUUGAUCAGUGGGAUGUUCUUUUAGAAGUCUUCCGAGUAGCUGCCUUUGAAGAUAAAAAUCAAGUAGGCAAUAUGAUAUUUAAUGAAAUGCAAAAUCCCUAUGUCAAAGCUUAUCUUCUAUUUUUAAAACACGUUCUUCCGAUCUUUAAUUCAUUUAAUGCUAUGUUUCAGUCUUCCAAAGUCCUUGUAGAUAAAAUGUAUGUAGAGAGUAGAAGAUUUGUGAAGAUACUAUGUGUAAACUUUGUCAAACCCUCCUGUUAUACGAGUGAGGUUGAACUUGAUCUAUUAAAUGUAUUUGAUCCAAAUGUGUUGCUUCCGGUGGAAGAAAUUAAUGUGGGUUUGAAUACCAUGAAUUUACUCAAAGAUUGUAUCAAAGCUGAUAACGAACAAUUUAAACUUAAGUGUUUGAAAUUUUAUCAAGUAGCCGUUGCCCAAGCAUUUAAAAGAUUGCCUACUAAAGAUAAAUUUUAUAAAAAUAUUACAUUUGUACAACCGCAAAAUGCUCUGAAUGUAAAUCUAAAACAUGAUAUUGAUGAAAUUUGUAACACAUUUAAAAAUAAAAUAGACCCCGUAAAAGCUAUAACUGAAUAUAAUAAUAUAAAAAUAUAUUUUUCUGAAGAAGAAAAAGAAAGUCUAACAUGCGAUGAUGUAAUUACGUUCUGGACAACUUUGUUGGACAUGAAAAAUUUUAACGAUGAGCAUUUAUUUAGAAAUAUCAGCAUAGUUGCUCUGAUCAUCCUUACUUUAACUCACGGCAACGCGGACGUGGAAAGAGUGUUUUCAAUAAUGACUGAUGUUAAGUCAAAAAAAAGAAAUCGCCUUUCACCUGAUACUCUGAGUGAUAUUCUCAGAGUAAAAAUUGAUUUAGCAACCAAAAAUAAAUGCUGCACGAGUUAUGCAAUUAGCGAAAGCCAUUUUCAAAAAUUUAAUCAGUUCAUGUACCAAUUUAAAACCAAAAAUGAGGCAACUAGGUCCACCGCCCCCAAAGAAAAUGUUUGUGACACUGACACGUCUGAUUCAGAUUAGAGCACGAUUAGAGUUAGUUAAUUUAAGUGUAUGUUUAUCUUUUAAAGAGAAAAUAUAUUUUUGAUUUAUUUUCCAUUUUUCCAGAUAAGGAUUUAUUUGUGAUUUAUUGUUUAUAUUUAUAUGUUUACAAAAUAAAAGUGCUUAUUUUGCUGUAAUUUUUUUUAUAUUGAAAAAAAUCAAUUGCCAAAUGGUAUCUAUAUAAAUCAUAAUUCCAAAAUAGACUAGAUUUGUAGUGAAAUUAGAAAUGACACGACCGUAGCGGGGAGUAGCGGAAUUUGUGUAGUGACGUAGCGAUAUUCGUAGUUUUCUGGUUGGCAACACUGAGAUAAGCCAC